AUGAGAAUCCCCUUGACUGCGAUAAUUGCAACUAUCUGUCUUACCCUCUCCAAUGUGGGCUCAGUACCUAUCCGCAAAAACUACCGCCGUCCAGUCCAAAAAUCCGUGUUAUAUGUCAACUAUACUGGUGCGCCCGCCUUCAGCAACCCGUCUUUCCAGGAUCCGUCAACGAACGAUCAUGUAAAUUUGAAAUUUCGAUAA